ACAAAAAUAACAUAAAAGCUGUUAUUAUAACUGUAAUUUGCAUUUCUUGUCAUUUCUGGUAAAUGUUUUUUUUAUAUGUUUUAUUAUUUUACUAUAAUUUUGAAGCUGUUGUAAUGUCUUUAUAUCUAAUGUUAGAUAUAAAGACAUUAGCUGUUGGUAUAAUGUAGCUUUUUGUUGCAAAUUGUCACUGUAAAAUUUUAAAUUACAAAUUUAGCCAAGGCAAUAUAAUUUAGGGAUCAUAGUUAUUUACAAUUUUGAUUAGUAAUGGGGAAUUGUUUAUAGUUAUCAGAAAAUUUAAGUAAUACAAAAUAUGCAUUGAACGAUACCAAAAUGAAACUGAAUGUUAAAAAUGAGUAUAGGUUUUAAUGUCAUUAUUUAAUAUUAGAAAAGUUAGCAUGAUUCUUAGGAAAAUAUGUCUGUGAUGUUUUCAACUGUGAACAAAAUUUCAAAGUAGAUUUUUAAGUAAUAAUGCAGUAGUUUUUUGGUUUUAGACUGAUACUAUGAUAUUUGUUCUAAAUUUCCUCGCUAUAAUUAAGUAAAAUAAGUAAUUUUCUCGUCAUAAUUAAUAAUUAAGUAAAGUAGGAUAGUGCUACACAAGCUUUACUACGUUAUAUACAUUUUUCGUAUAGCUCGGUGAAACCCUUAAAAUUUGGGUUUUUUUAGAAAGAUAAAAUUUUCGAAAACUAGCCCUUUUUAAUAAAGUUCUUGAUUUUUUUAAAUCACCGUGAUUAAUAAAUUAAAUGUGUUCUGUCAUUAUACCCGUACGAACGUAUGUUCGAAGGGUAUACUAAAUUUGCCUUACCGUUUGUAACGCUAAGAAAUAACGGUCUCUAAGACGAUAUAGACUCAAGUGUAUGUUUUUGAUCAGCGUUGAAUUCUGAGUCGAUUUAGCUUUGUCUGUCCGCCUGUCUGCCCGUCCGUCCCUUCGUCCGUCUGUCCGUCCCAGCGAUAACUCAAAAACUAAUUGAGUUAAGUUCACCAAAUUUUCACAAAUGAUUAAUUGUAGUAAGUGCCAGAACUCUAUUUAAAUUUGACAUGAUCGGGGUAGUGGUUCGGGUAGCUGCCAUACAACUUCAAAAUUUAUUUGGCUAUAUCUCAGAAACUAUAAAAGCUGUAGUAUUGAAAUUUUACACAAACGAAUAUAUUAGUAGUGCUAAUGUGUAUGAUAAAAGUCGUUGAAAUUACUUGGCUCCCUCUGGUAGCUGCCAUACAACUUUAAAAUUUAUUUGAUUAUAAUAUAUUAGAAACUAUAAGAGUUAUGAUAUUGAAAUUUAGCAUAAGUGAAUAUGUUAGUAGGGCCAAUGUGUUAGACAAAAUUCGUUGAAAUUGCUUGUCUCUUUCUGGUAGCUGCCAUACAACUUCAAUACUAGUUUGACCAUAUCUUAGCUAAUAUUCAAAAGUAUUGCAUAGUACCGAAUUAUUGAACAGUACUGAAAUUUUGUAUAAAUUAACAUGGUAACUUAAAGUUAUAGUCUGUCCAAUAGUCAGCUUUGACAUAUUUAUUCGCAUAUAGGAUAGCGAUUCGUACGGUAUCACUGAGUUGACAAGGUCAACAACAAUUUGAAAAAAAUGAACUAAAGUUUUUUUUUUUCAAAUUUUCUAAAUAGUAAAAUAGGAUUGUUGGAACUUUGCAUCUUUAAGUAAAAGUUGUGAAUUUAUAAAUAAGUCUACAUUAUAAUAUUAUCGAAUGAAUACUCGGUUAGACGGUUUUACACAAUAGCAUACUAUACUAUUUAUCAAAAAAUUUAAAGUAUUUUUUUUGAUAUUAAAAUUUAACUUAAUGUUUUUGGGUUUGUUUAAAAUAAACGUUAAUAAAAAAACAUGGCCCCUCAUUUUUUGUUUUAUAAUUUUUUUUUUAACUUUCCAAUUUAAUUUUUAGAAAUAUACAAUUUAUUUAUUUUAAUAUGCGCCAUCAUAUUAGAAAUACUGAAGUUUUAAUCAAGAAAAAAUUUUAUGCUUUAUAUCAAACAACAUUUGAAUUACCAAACUUUAUUUAAAAUAUUAACUAUUUAUAUUUGUAAUUUUGUGAAAUAAAUUUUACUUUCAAUCAUAAAUUUUUCUUUCUUUACUGAAUUUAAUAUUUCGAGCAAUUUAUUUAAUUGGAUAUUAGUCAAUUUGAUUGUAUUCUUAUUUCUUUUUUAAUUUGUUGAUAUCAUAUUUUCUUUUCUAUUACUCUCAAUUUAACAUGAAGUCGCAAUGAAAUGGAGUCAAAUGAAUAAUUAUUAUUCAACUAAAAUUUCAAUACAAUACAAAAGUUCAUUCACUUGUGGAAUCGUAAUAUGUACUCGAUUUUACCUCGCAAAAGUAGUUGCUUUUUUUCAUUCUUAUUGGAAUGAUGGAAAAAAAUGAUUGCGCUCUAAAAAUUGAAAAUAUUUCUGUUGGGUCUGAAAACAAUCCAAUUUUUAUUAUUGCUGAAAUUGGUCAAAAUCAUCAAGGUUCUAUUGAAGUUGCUAAAAAAUUGAUUUUAUCAGCAAAGGAAUGUGGCUGCAAUUGCGUUAAAUUUCAAAAAUCACAUCUCACUACAAAAUUUACUGGUAAAGCGUUAUUACGUCCUUAUAAUGGCGAAAAUUCUUGGGGAAAAACUUACGGAGAACAUAAAAUGUUUUUGGAAUUUUCUUUAGAACAAUAUGGAGAGCUAAGAAAUUUUGCAAAUCAAUUAGGUCUUAUAUUUUCUGCAUCAGCCAUGGAUGAAAUUUCACUUUCUCAAUUGGUUGAUCUUCAAUUAUCUUUCAUAAAAAUUGGUUCUGGCGAUGCAAAUAAUUUCAAACUAUUACAAGACGCUGCUAAAACCCAUAUCCCAUUGAUUAUUUCAACUGGAAUGCAGAAUAUGAUUACAAUUGAAAAAAUUGUAGAAAUUAUGAACGAUAAUUGUAAAAAAAAUUUUGCUUUAUUGCAUUGUGUUUCUUCAUACCCGACAAAUUUAGAAGAUUCGACAUUGAAAAUGAUAAAACUUUUCAAAAAAAAAUUUCCGAAUGUUGUUAUAGGUUACUCUGGGCAUGAAAAAGGAAUUUUAUUAUCUCAAAUUGCUGUUUUAUUAGGAGCAAAAAUUGUUGAAAGACAUUUUACAUUAAAUAAAAAUCAAAAAGGUUCAGAUCAUUCAGUAUCACUAGAUCCUACAGAAAUGAGAUUGCUAGUUGAACGCAUUCGGAAUUUUGAGAAACAAGGUUACACAAAAAUCAUGAGAACUGAUGAACAAAUAAUAAAAAUUUUGAAAUGUGAGAAUGAAAAUUCAGUUAGACAGAGUUUAAAAGACGUUUCUAGUAAGGAAAUAUUGCCAUGUGAAUUACCGUGUCGAAAAAAAUUGGGGAAAUCUUUGGUUUAUAGGAAGCCUUUAAAAGAAAACUAUAUUAUUAAAACGGAAGAUAUUAUUGCUAAAGUAUCUGAACCUUUCGGAAUUUCAGCAGAAUUUAUUUAUGAAGUUAUUGGUAGAAAAUUAAAAGUUAAUGUUGCUGAAGAUGAAAUUAUUGAAUUUAUACACUUAUAUUAAAUUUUCAAUAGUGUUAUGCACAAUUAUAUCAGCUAUAAAUUUAGCUCCACAUUUAUAUAAAAUUUUAAAUUUUGCUGAUAAUUUUGUUUCAAUUGAACUUCUCGUACAAUUAAAAUUUUGAAGCAAUUGUAUAUUUCUUUUAUAUUAAAUGGAAGUUUUGAUUUAUUUUACACAAUUCUAACUUUAUCUAUAAUUUUGUAAUUAACUUUCCCAUAUUUCAUUACACUAACACCUUUACAUUGUAAGAUAAGUAUAGUGGUAAGUUAGUUAAGUAUUUUGCAUACAUAUACAUAAAUUUUUAUUUCUAUUAAAUGUGGAUGUCCAAAUUAAACUAUACUGUAAUUUCAAAAAAAUUUCAAACUUAUAUUACUACGCAAUCUUACUAUUUUAAAUCAUUUAUUAUUUAUUGAUUUUUUAAUUUAAACAAAAU